UGCUUAUGUGUCAUUACUUUUUUUUUUUUUCUACUUUACCACUGUUUGGUUGGAAUCUGGGAGUUUAAUCAAUAUUUUAGUUAAUUUAAUUUCAAUGAGUUUUGUUUUAAAAGGGCUUAAUAAACAAUAACAAAAGAUUGGGUAUUUGGAUUUUAGUGGAUUAAUAGAAUCUAUCUGUUUUUGACUAUACAUAUGGGGCACUCUCCAGAACUAUAUUUUUGGGUAUCCCAUUUUAUAUGUUUUAAUGUUACAAUGUUGAAUUAAUUUCACCGGUUUGUGUUUUUGGUAUUGUUAUGGUGGGGUUUCAGGUUUGUGCUUUGCUUGAGCAAUGGAGUAUCUGAAAUUCAACGUCUCUUUUUUAUUUCAGGAUAAGGGAGUUGGUGCAUGAAGGAGUUACUCUCUGAGAUUUACGAGUCUGCUUUUUCUGCAUUGUUUUUUGAAGUUGGCUGCAAUGAUGAGUACUACACAGCAAGAGAAGUUUGUUAGGUUUCAGGAUUCGAAUUCAGAGAAGGGUUCUGAGAGCAGUUAUCCUGCAAUUAAGAUAACAACACAAUCAGGGAGAUUUAGAACUACAAUGAGUUCAGUUUCUGAGAAGUUUCAACAUGGAUUAGAAUCUGGUUCUGAGAGGAUAAAGAGAUUCAGAACAUCAUUCAAAUCUUUUCCUUAUAGUGGAGUUCUUUCUAGAAGCUUUAGUUCUAGAAAGAAAAUCCUUGAUCCACAGGGUCCGUUCCUUCAAAAGUGGAACAAGAUUUUUGUAUUAUUAUGUGUUAUUGCAGUAUCGCUGGAUCCCUUGUUCUUUUAUGUCCCGGUUAUUGAUGAUGAGAAGAAAUGUCUUUCACUGGACAGCAACAUGGAGAUUACAGCCACUGUUUUAAGAUCUUUCUCAGAUGCUUUUUAUAUUAUCCACAUGAUUUUCCAAUUUCAUACUGGAUUCAUUGCUCCCUCUUCUCGUGUUUUUGGAAGAGGCGUUUUGGUUGAAGAUUCUUGGGCAAUUGCACAAAGGUAUCUGUCGUCAUAUUUCUUAGUUGACAUUCUUGCUGUUCUGCCCCUCCCACAGGUGGUGAUUCUAGUUAUCAUUCCAAAGAUGAGUGGCUUUAAAUCACUUAAUACAAAGAACCUGCUGAAAUUUGUUGUUUUCUUCCAAUAUGUGCCUCGUCUAUUGCGAAUAAUUCCAUUAUAUAAGGAAGUUACACGGACCUCUGGUAUUCUUACUGAAACUGCUUGGGCUGGAGCUGCAUUUAAUCUCUUUCUUUACAUGCUUGCAAGUCAUGUUGUUGGUGCCUUUUGGUACUUGUUUUCCAUAGAACGAGAAACCACAUGUUGGCAAGAAGCAUGUCGAAGUAAUACACUGUGUAACAAGGCAGAUAUGUAUUGUAAUGAUUAUUGGGGUGGGUUGAGCAAAAUUUCGACAUUCCUGAAUACUUCUUGCCCAAUACAGAAUGAAGAUAAAAAGCUCUUUGAUUUUGGAAUAUUUCUUGAUGCCCUUCAAUCCGGUGUUGUGCAGUCAAGAGAUUUCCCACAAAAAUUCUUUUACUGCUUUUGGUGGGGCCUAAAAAAUUUAAGUUCUCUUGGUCAGAACCUGGCAACAAGUACCUAUGUUUGGGAAAUCUGUUUUGCAGUUUUCAUUGCUGUUUCUGGAUUGGUAUUAUUUUCAUUCCUCAUUGGAAACAUGCAGACAUAUUUGCAGUCAACAACCACAAGAUUGGAGGAGAUGAGAGUUAAAAGGAGGGAUGCAGAACAGUGGAUGUCCCAUCGAUUGCUUCCUGACAGCUUACGUGAGCGAAUCAGACGAUAUGAACAGUACAGAUGGCAAGAAACCAGAGGCGUAGAUGAAGACAAUUUGAUUAGUAAUCUUCCCAAGGAUUUAAGAAGGGACAUUAAGCGUCAUCUUUGUUUGGCUUUGCUGAUGAGAGUGCCAAUGUUUGAGAAAAUGGAUGAUCAACUUCUGGAUGCAAUGUGUGACCGUCUCAAGCCAGUGCUCUACACAGAAGAAAGCUACAUUGUACGGGAAGGAGAUCCGGUCGAUGAGAUGCUCUUCAUCAUGCGUGGCAAGCUGCUGACGAUGACCACUAAUGGCGGAAGAACCGGCUUCUUCAACUCUGAGUACCUCAAGGCUGGUGACUUCUGUGGAGAGGAGCUUCUCACAUGGGCCUUAGAUCCUCAUUCCUCAUCCAACCUUCCCACCUCAACCAGGACUGUGCAAACCCUUUCAGAAGUGGAAGCCUUUGCCCUGAAAGCCGAUGACUUGAAGUUCGUGGCGUCGCAGUUCCGGCGCCUCCACAGUAAACAGCUGCGGCACACUUUCAGGUUCUACUCGCAGCAAUGGCGCACGUGGGCUGCAUGUUUCAUACAAGCAGCAUGGCGACGCUAUAGUAAAAAGAAGCUUGAAGAGUCUCUGGUUGAAGAGGAGAAUAGGCUGCAAGAUGCAUUGGCCAAAGCAGGUGGUAGCUCACCAAGCCUUGGUGCAACAAUAUAUGCUUCAAGGUUUGCUGCUAAUGCACUUAGAUUGUUACGUCGUAAUGGAACAAAGAAGGGUAGGGUGCCUGAGAGAUUACCACCCAUGCUGCCUCAGAAGCCUGCAGAACCUGAUUUUACUGCUGAUGAGGAAUAGAGGCUGUGACUGUGAGUGAUGAUUGGUAGAAUUUUGAGGUGUAUAAUAAUAUGGCGUCCAUUAAUUCAGGCAAGUUGUAUAUAUAAUAUCUUGUUAUUGAACGCUUUUUAAUAUAGUUUUUGCUUUCUAUUUAUUCUUCCCUUUCUCCAUUGUAUUUGGUUGUUUUGAGUCAUCGAGGCUCAUGAUUGGAGUCUAGAAAUCGUAUAUAUUCAGGAAGUUCUUUAAUUGGGAAGCAUGGAGAUGAUCAGAGAAUCUACAUUCAUCAUACUUAUUUUA